AACAUCACCAAUAACAAACAACACGACAAAAUGCUUUGCGCAAUCUCUGGCGAAGCUCCCCGCGAACCCGUUGCCUCGCGCAAGAGCGGCAAUGUCUUUGAAAAGCGUCUCAUCGAAGCACACAUCGCGGAACACCACACCGAUCCCGUUACAGGUGAGGACCUCGCGACUGAGGACCUCAUCGAGCUCAAAUCGCCCAAUGUUGUUACCCCACGCGCGCCAAACUUCACGUCGAUACCUGCCAUGCUCAGCGCCUUCCAGAAUGAAUGGGAUGCCAUUGUAUUGGAGACACACACGCUCAAGCAACACCUUGCGCAAACAAGGCAGGAGCUGAGCACUGCGCUAUACCAAAACGAUGCUGCAACAAGAGUGAUUGCACGGAUUACAAAAGAGCGCGAUGAGGCCCGUGAGGCUCUGUCGAAUGUUACCAUCAGCGGAGGCGGCCAGGGUGAUGCGAUGCAAGUUGAUGGUCAGGGUCUGCCUGAAGAGCUCGUGGCAGUUGUCGAUAACACACAGCAAGAAUUAUUUGCAUCACGUCGAAAGCGAGCUGUACCGGCCGAUUGGACAUCUGCAGAAGAUGUGUCCAGAUUCGACUUGGCCCAGACGACCGAUGCCAUUUACCCUGGCGCCAGCAGUGUCGCUACAAGCGAAUCCAAUAUGGUAUUGUUUGGCGGAUCAGACGGCAAUGCGGGCGUCUAUGACUUGGCAGAACAGAAGGUUGUACAGACAUUCAACGCAGGUAGCGCAGUUACAGCAACAGCUUGGUGCGGAGAUCGUGCAAUUGUUGGAACUUCGGCUGGUACGGUCAAGAUAUUCGAACAAGGCAAGGAGAUUGCACAGGUGGGAUCACAUGCCGGAGCUAUCACAUCCAUGUCCCUGCACCCCAGUGGAAAGAUGCUCGCAACAGCUGGUACCGAUAAGCACUAUGCCGUCCACGAACUUACGACGUUCAAGACUGUCUCGCAAGUCUAUGUCGAGGCGGAAAUCACAUGCAUAUCAUUCCACGUCGACGGCAUGCUCUUUUUCGUCGGCAGCUCAGAUGGCAACGUUCGUGUCUACGACAUCAAGACCGGCACCCAGAUGACAUCUCUCGAGAUUGGCGCUCCUAUCGUGGAUCUCAAGUUCUCUGAGAAUGGAACUUGGUUCGCUCUCGUGCAACAAAACUCUUCCAGUGUUACCAUUUGGGAUAUCCGGAAGCAGUCGGUGGUUCAUACGCUCGAAUCAGGUAGCCCUGCCACUAGCUGCAGGUGGGACCACAGCAGCAUGUACUUGGCCAUCGGCGGGACAGGCAGCGUGUCGGUGCAGCAAUUUACCAAGGCCACGAAGAGCUGGGCCGAGCUCGUUAGGAAGGCAGCGCCAGCGAAGGAUAUUGCCUGGGGUGGCAAAGCUGCAAGCCUAGUAGCUUUGACACCAGAGGGUGGUCUAGCGGUACUCGCAGCGCCCUAAGCAGUGAUAGGCUGCAAUAUGCGAGUCUUAUCAUUCUAUAAGGGCUACCGAAACAAAAAAGGUGAAGUUUGAGCCAUGUCGCACACGACUGGAAUCACGGAGGAGGGGCACAGGACAGUGUGUUGAGAAGGCCUUGGACCAGACUGGCCAGAGCCAAGUCGGUGCAUACGUCAGAAGAUGAAAACAGCCAUGGUAGGCGAUGUUUUCUGUUGCAAAUACACAGGCUCAAAGUUGGAUAUAGCGUUGCUGUAGGUAUAUGAAACGUCCUCAGGACAAUCAAAGAAGAAAUUAUUCAUGUCGC